AUGCCAAAUGGUGAAGAUAUUCUUGAAGCACUUCGUUGUUCAAUUGGUUUAGUAUCUCUAAUUUACGUCUGUCGAUUAUACAUUAAAUUAUCAAAUUUUCCACCAACAAUUUUACCGUCUACUGCUCGAACCCAAUUGAUAAAACAAGCAGUAAAUGAUCGUUAUGACAGCAGUCAUACAACUGAAGAUAUUAUGAUGGUGACAAAUAUGAUUGAAAUAAAUAAAGAUAUGAUUAAUCGAGUAUUAUUACUGUCAGAUUUUAAUCAAAAUAUUAUUAAAUUGGAUAUAAAUCAUAUUACAAUGGAUGUUUUAAACGAUUUGAUCUUAUUUCCAUUCACUAACAUCUGUAUUAAUUGCACAAAAUCACUUACUUCGUAUCGAUACAAAUUAAUUCAUGUUAUUGACUGUUUUAAAAUUAUUCGAGCAAUAGCUGUAACUGCUGAGUGUAAAACAUGUUCACUAAUUUAUAAUCAUUCAUCUUGGUAUUCAUUGAAGAAUCGAUGGCGAAAGAUUAAUAAAUCAUCAUUAAAUAGUGCACUUAAAAUAUUUUAUUUAUGUGAUUCUUUUGCAUUUACAUAUUCGGCUUUCUUUGAUUAUACAUGCCAACUUCUACAUGAUCAAUGUCCAUUUCAAGCUUUUUCUCGAAUACUUAUUGAUCGGUAUAAUUACGAACGUCAAAAUAACAACAUCAAUCUUCAACCUAUUCCAUUAGCAAAAUUAUUUCAAUCUCAUUGGUUAUUAUAUCAAAUUGUAUGCUUUGAAUUUAUGUUAGGACGAACGCAAAUAGUUAAUUUACCGGUUUCACUUAAUCGUAAUGAACUUAAUUAUCAUUUUGAAUGUUAUUCUGGUUGGUGGUAUCAUUUAUUCACGACAUUUUGGUCCAGACAUAAGUCAAUCCCAAAUAUAAAAUGUUGUCCUUCAGAUUGUAGUCGAUGUAUCAUUGUGGAUGGACAUCAAAAAUGUCGACGAUUAGUAUGUAGUUUUAAAAAUAUUGUCGAUACUUCCAUUGAAGAAAUGACUGCAAUUGAAAUUGGUUGUCCAUAUACACCCUGUCGAAGAAUACAAUCAUCGAAUUCAGUUGAUGCAAUUUAUUGUAGAUAUCAUCAACCCUCAAUUCUUUUAUCGCCGUCUCUUAAUUUACAAAAAGCUGAUGAUAUGGCUGCUGAAUUUUCGGUAAUAUUAUUAUUAUGUUAA